AUGACAGCAUCGAAACCAAUCAAUCGUCGUCUGGUUUCUAACAUUCGUGAUGAACCAGAACAAAUGCUCAAGCCAAUUGCUGGCUACGAGCUUGAACCUUUACUAUCUCUUGAAGAAGCAUGCAAACCAUUGAAAAACAUACUGGAUCAUGAAUUACAACAAAAUAUAAGUGUUGCUAAAAUGAAUUCGAAAGAACCAAAACAUGGACUUAAACCAGAUGAAUCCGCCGCCAUUCAUCUGUAUACGAUGGAAUGGGAUGUACGUGAAAAUAGUUUGUACAUGAUUCUCAACCAAACGUUACGUUCGGCCGAUCGAACGCAACUUCGCCCAUGGUUUAGAUAUUUAAAGUUGUUCUUAACUGGUCUUUAUAAGCUACCACCAACUGAAUAUCAAACUGUAUGGCGUGGUAUUCCCGAGAACCUUAGUGCUCUUUAUCCAAGAGGAAAAGAAUUCACUUGGUGGGCUCUAAGUUCUUGUACUUCAUCUAUUAGUGUACUCGAAUCUCCACUAUAUGUGGGAACUUCAGGUCCAAGAACCAUGUUCUCAAUUGAAACCAAUAGUGGCAAGCUAAUACGUGAACAUUCCUAUUUCCAACAUGAAGAUGAAAUUCUUCUUCCUCCUGGUCGAUACUUCAAAGUCAUUGAUAAAUCAAGUCCAGCUCAAGACUUGCAUAUCAUUCAUCUCCGAGAAAUUCAGCCUCCACAUGCUAUGCUUGCCGAACCUUUUGAUCUUAGUGAAUGGAAGCGCAUACCAUCACCACGAAAAUUACUACCAAAUUCGUCGAAGAAACACGAAAUCACUUCAACAGCAAGUGACAUAUCAAAACCUGUAGCUAAAGCAGCUUCAGAAAAAAAUUUUAUAACAAAACAAAUCGAAAAAAAAACAGGUAUGGAUUUAAAUGGUGAUGGUGUGAUCGGUUAUGGACGUGGUGGUUAUGGUGGUGGCUAUGGACAAGGACACGGUGCUGGAGGAGGCUUGAUUAAUCAAUUAGAAAAAGCUACACAUAUGGAUCUUAACGGUGAUGGACGUGUUGGUGGUGGUUAUGGUCAUGCCCCACCUUACAAUCAAUAUGGACCUCCUGGUUAUCCUCCACAAUAUAAUCAAUAUGGUGGUGCACCACCCUGUCCUUCAAAUUAUGGUCCAUAUGGUGGCCCUCCAAACUAUAACCAGUAUGGUGGUGCUCCUUAUCCUCCACAAGUUAAUCAAUAUGGCGGACCUGGAUAUGGAGCUGCUCCAUACCACGGUGGUAGCAGUGGUGGUGGUGGUUUGAUUAAUCAAUUGGAAAAAGCUACAGGUAUGGAUCUCAACGGUGAUGGUCGUGUCGGUGGUUCUGGUUAUCGUCAACCUCACAAUCCAUAUGGUCAUCCUUAUUAA